ACUUGUCAAAAGUCAAAUUGUCAAAACCCAAAAAUUUCUUUUUAGCGGCAGCAUGGACGCAAGUUAACAAGUCGAAUGCCCGCCGGUUUGUAGAUAAUUAAUUGCAUUUUACGAGUUUAGUUAAGGUUACAAACAAUAAAAUACAAUGGGUUCUUACUUGUCAGAGCCAGUAACUAAUAAAGUAUCUACAGAUGAAAGUAAUGAUAAAUUAAGUUGUGGAUCUAGUUCUAUGCAAGGCUGGCGUAUAACCCAAGAGGAUGCUCACAAUCACAUCUUGGACUUUGACACUAACACAUCUUUAUUUGCGGUAUACGAUGGACAUGGGGGUCACGAGGUGGCCCAAUAUUGUUCUCAAAAGUUACCUCAAUUUAUAAAAGAUACACAAGCCUAUAAAGAUGGUGAUAUCAUGCAAGCUUUGAUUCAAGGAUUUUUGGAGUUUGAUGCAACAAUUCCUACAAAAGAUGUGGUUGCAGUUCUGAAGGAAAUAGCCGGUGAAAAGGAGGGUGACGAAGAAAGUGAUGAAGAAGAAAAUGUAGAUCAUUUGUAUGAAGAGGCCUGCAUGCCUAUUGAAAAAGUUAUAGAAAAAUACACAAACCUAGUAAAUCCAGCUCUGAAAAAUCUUAAAAAAGAUGGCGAUAAAUAUCCAAAAUCUCCUAACUUAAAGAGCAAACAAGAAGAUGUGGGAGUUCAUCUGGGUCCUCAGCAAUUUCAAAUAAAGCAUCUAAGGAUGAUUCUGGAAACUCUGAGGAUGCCGCUGGGUCCAGCAUUGAGGCGAAAUCUACCAAAGGCUGCUGCCAUUUUUCUGGAAACCAUAAUCCAGAAAACAGCGAUUACUGAAAUUAUUAAUCAGUCGGGUCUUAAACGAAAAGUAAAUUUUGCAGUAACUGAUAAUUCCUAA